AUGUGGUCUGACGACGACAACGACGACGACGAGCUGGACAGUCCAUUACCGACGGCAGUUGUCAAGCUUCACAACUGGCAGGACUGGAGUGUAUGGAUUGAUUACAUCAAGAAAGAAGCGACGAUGCUUGGGGUCUGGAGUGACAUUGAUCCUGAUACUGAUGAAGCCGAUGAGGACAAUCCAGUGCAGUACAAAGCUCGACCAACCUUUGAUUUUGCGAUUAAAAGGACAAGAGAUGAAAUCACUGAUGCUCAGAUCGAAUAUAAGUUCCUCAUAUACCUCUGGAAGGAUAAGCAGAAAAGCUAUCGAAGGAUCAGGACGAUCAUUCAUCAGUCUAUUGCUGUACACUUGCAGUAUAGGAUACUCACCUGUCGGACUAUCAGGGCCGAACUCAAGAAGCUCGCAGAAUUCACCAAGCCACCUUCUUGA